CAGCGCAACUACUCAUCUCUCUUCUCAUUUUUUAUUUCAAUUUUAUUUUAUUUAUUUUUUUGAAAAUCGAAGAUCAAUCAAUAUUGACUUCUCCUAUUAAUUAUCUGCAUCAGAGCUUUAUCAGUUGAGUGAUGGAAUAUUUUGUGCAUUUUUUCUCGCUUCGUAAAUCCAUUGAUUAAUUUUAAUCAGUUGAUUAAUUUUAACUGAAUAAAACUAUUGGAAACCAUCGAUUUUUCUGUAUUUAAGUGAUUGAAAAAUGUGGACUUUGGGAUUUAUUUUUGUGCAUUUGUGGAUUUUUGGAGAUACGAGAAAUUCAUUGAUCGGGAUAACACAAGAAAUGUCAUGCUGCUCAUAUGCCACUGGGUCCUGCCGCAACGUCUGCUCUCAGAUUUCUCUGGUGGCCCUGGGAGCCGAUUCAACAGCCCGAGAAAAUUCUACUCGACAAUUGCAAGAAUUCUGUUCAACUGGUCUGACACGUUUUUGGACAUGCGUCAAUUCUACUCUUGACGAAGCUGUAAAAAAUGAAGACUGGUCGGGCCGUCAGUGCUGCCAGUUCGCUCAAUACCCGAUUUGUCGGUCGACAUGUGCCCUGGCGGGCUCCCGAGAGGGUCUGAAAGGCUCCUGCCGACCGAGUGACGAGCCAGAAUUCUAUACCUGCUUAGAAAGACGAGAGGAUGGUGAGAAAUGCUGCAGUAAUGUCGCCAACGCGACCUGCCGAACAGUCUGUCGUGAGCUAUUCGAUAAGCCCAAGAAGCCAUCGAGUCUGAAAUUUUACAGCAGCAAGGGCUGUUUUCACCAGGUGCCCAAGUGCCUGAAAAACGCAGCAGAAGCGUCGAGCGCCGAAAAUCCCAAGCAAUAUUUGCAUUGUUGUCACGAGGCACCCGACGCCCCCUGCCUAGACGCCUGUCGUCACGUCCUCCUAACAGCAGUAACAAUCAAAGACAUCUUAGACACCCUAGAGGAGAAAUGUCCGCCAGUUCAGCUCCAUUCUCCCUUCUGGAGUUGCUUCCUGCAGGCAGCCCCAAUGAAACCCUCGCGACUACCCCUGGACAUCGGGAAAUUGGGCUGCUGCUCACGCGCCACCAGUGCCAGCUGCCAGAAUCUCUGCUGGCGAGCGUUUCAGGCGGACUGGGAGGCGGCGUCAAUUCAACUGGAGUCCGAGUGCCUCCCCUCCGGCGCUGAAGGAGAACUCAGAAGGUGCCUGGAGGAGGCGGAUGAACCAUGCGAGAUGGGAUGCACUGGCUUAUCCUACUGCUCAAAUUUCAAUAACAGACCGACAACCCUAUUCCGAGCCUGUUCCGCCGAAUCGGACGCCACGGCGAAGCACGAGGUGGACCACUGGGCCCGUGGCGCGAUUAUCCGGGGUUUGGGCCUCCCCGUUCGCGUCGACCCAUCCUGCCCCGCAGAGUCCCUCAAAGCAGCCGUCUGCUUCCUCCAACUCCGCCCGUGUGAGCCCCAAGCCCACGAAACGCGUCUCUGCAGGAACGACUGCAUCGACCUUCUGACCAACUGCGUCGACUGGUCCCUAACUUCCGCCACCCAGUCCGCCGUAUCCCUCUGCUCCCGCCUGUCCCCCUCCCGUCCCGAGAUGCCUUGCAUCUCCCUGAAGCCCUUCCUCAACCCGAUCCUCCCCGAAAAAGAAAGAAUUACAAACCCCUGCCGAGAUUCCCAGUGCGCAAAAUCCGAAGUCUGCGUUCCGCAACCAUACACAGCGGACAAUGCCGCCGCCUACCAGUGCAUUCCCGGUUGUUCCCUGGGAGAGAUGUCGCACCUCCAAGUCCCGCAGAACGCCUGGGUGCAGAUCCCAAGGGAAGACCAGAUCGGCUGCCUCCGAAUCUGCCAGUGUACGCAAAAUGGCGUCGAAAAGUGCCGCAACCUCAACUGCUUUCCCGUGAACUCUUGCUUCAUCCAGAACCGCUACAUCGCGCACCGGACGAAGUUCUACCUGGACUGCAAGCCCUGUCUCUGCUUUGAGGGGGAGAUCACGUGUUCUAGGAGGCCCUGCGGGGACCAACGGGUGCCAUCCCUUCCCUGCGAAUGUCUGGCCCAUUACGUUCCGGUCUGCGGACGAUCGGGCGUCACUCUCGCUUCCUCGUGCAUCGCGAAGUGCCGGGGCCUCGAGAACGAUGACUUUGAGUUCGGGAGUUGUUCAUCCAGAGACCCUUGCGCGAGUAACCCUUGCGGGAGUGGGGAGAAGUGCUUGAGAAGGGCCCGGGUCUGUCUGGCCCCGAUCUACAAACCCUGCAAGCAGUACGAGUGCGUUCCCGCGAACUGUGAGGUGCAGAAAAAAACUUUGGGUAUACAACGCCGGGUCUGCGAUAAGGAUCACAGGGAGCACACCUCAGUUUGUGAUUUGGUAAAGAGUGGAGGGGCCCUAGGGUACUGGGGCCCCUGCCUCAGGGAGUGCAGCUUGCGAGGGCCAGUCUGCGGGAUAAACGGCGAGGUUUACGCCAAUGAGUGCGCGGCGUGGGCGGAGAAUACCAUCAUGGAUUACUUUGGGCCCUGUAUGGCGAUUGGAAGGGCCGGGGAGGGCUGCGGGGACGCGGUCCAGUGUCCGGAGACUCCUGAGGAAUGCCCUGGGGUCAUCCCACCCGGGGCCUGUUGCAGGGUCUGUGGCGCUGCUGCCAGGUUAUUCUACUCCAGGAAACAGCUCGAUCGCAUCUACUACAUGAUGGAGGAAGAACGAGACAAAGAAGCGGUGACGCUAGAGGCCCUACUGUCAGCCCUGGGCCGACAAAUCCAGAUAUCAGAAUGCGUUCUUCGUGGCGGCAUGACGCCAGAGGGCGACAUCUUCAUAAUCAUCCAACCAACCUCAAAAACCCCGUCGCUCCUCGAACAUCGAGGAUGCCUCGCCGAAAUGGAGAAGAUAGUCACUAGAAUCGCAGAGAAAAGUCCGAAAGUAAUUGCGGAAGUGCCACUGGGAUCACUAACCGGCGCAGAGAUGAUCGAUGACAAGCCAUCCUCAUGUUCAACAUGGCGGACAUCGAUACCGCUGGUCCUCCUACCAUUCCUGAUCAUCGGAGUUAUCACGUAAUUUCAUCAUCCCCUUUGUUCCCAAAAUUUGAAUGAUCAUUUGAUUUUUGGGACAAAUACUCAUCCUCAAGACUGUGAUUCUUCUAGUGCCUUACUUAAAGAAACAAUCAAUCAACCAUUGACCAAGUUUUUAUUAAAAAUUAGUUACUUUCUUGAUAGUUAUCAAUGAUUUGCCAAAGAUAUAAAGGACUAAUUUAUCUUUUCUUUACAAUGAUUGAAGACUAAAAACUGAAUGUUAAUACGCUCAUCCAUGUAAUGUACAUAAUAUAAAUAAUUUAAGUGUUUAUAUGAGAAACUAUUGACGAUUAGAUGUACAUCAAGAUAUUUUAUAAGGAUUUUAAUCAACAUAUGUUGUAGUCCAAAGAAAAAAAAAUCAUUUUAUCGUAUAGCUUUA